GCCACCGACGCCGGGAUUUUGGUGCCGCCGCCGCGACCGCCGCUUCCUCUUCCGCACGCUGUUGUGCUUGGAAAUCGGAAAAUGUUCAAAACGGCGGCAAAAAAGGCCGAACCAUCGAAAAUGGAGAGAAGAAGGCCGCCGAUCUACCGACCGAGGUCGAGGACUGAAACAAGCUCAGUGAGCGGCACAAGAACAGACAGUGGACGUCUGCGUGGUGACGGCGGCGGCGGCAGCAGCGACGAAGACCUGAACCGCCAGCAGCAGGACCUGAGACAACGUCUGCAAGAGGAAGCCGCCCUUUACCGAAAACGUCUGGAAACUUACAAGCAGGCUCAACAAAACCAGGCUGCUCUAGUCAGCCGAUUACAAGCUAAAGUGCUGCAGUACAAACAGCGAUGUGCCGACCUGGAGUCUCAGAUGGCUGAGUGCUUAGAUCAGCCAGCCUCCUUGAAGGCCUACGCUUCAAUGCCUCCGCCUAGUAGAACGUCUACCGGGUUGGGCUCAGAAGCGUCCGGAUCAGCGCUGGAGCUUGCGCAGCAACAUCUGCGCGAAGUGCAAGAGGAGAGGAUAACUGAUCUGGAUGGCGCACUUCAGAGGCUGUUUGAUGAGCGUAAAAGAUCAGAAAAAUUGCUGCAGCUCAACAGAGUCUUACGCGAACAACUGGAAGAAUCCCACAGUACGAACGAAAUGCUUACCACUGAUCUUCAGAAGCUUACCAACGACUUCGAAACGCUGCGCGAAGAAAUGCUGAUCAAAGAAGACGAGUGGAAGGACGAGGAACAAGCCUUUAAUGACUACUACAGUACCGAACAUAAUCGCUUGCUGAAUCUCUGGCGGGACGUGGUGUCCGUAAAGCGCCACUUUAUGGACAUCCAAUCGAACACCGAACGAGAUUUGAUUAAAAUAAAAGCCGAAGUCUCGGACUUGGGACGGGAAAUGCUGAUGGCAUGCUCGAGGAUGGACUCUAAUGUUUUUGCAGAAAACAUAAUUAAUGCCAGGACUAAGCAAACAGCGAAAGACAGUGUGGAACUCCCGCACAUUGAAGCCGAGCUGGAGACACUGAAGAUGGAUAAGAUCAAGUACGAAACUGAGCUGCAGAUGAAGGACGAUCGCAUUCAACAGCUGAUCAGAGACAUUCAAAAUUUGGAGGACAGAUGUGUGGAAUCCGACCAAAACGUCUCCCAAGUGGUGAAAAUGCAAGAAGAAAUGGAGAUUCUGGAAUCCGCCUUACGCGACAUCGCCCAGGCCUUGAUCCAGGACGCCGAAACGAAAGAUCCAGAGAUUCUCCAGGCCACUCAUUUGCAUCUGAGCGCCUCAACGCCGGUUCCUCAAAAAUCGCCACGAAGAUCCGGUCGCGGUCUGGCCGCACCAACAGCUUUCGCGGAAAGCACUAUUUCGGCUGUUCAGGCAGCCCUGCAUAAAUAUCAGUCGUAUAUUCACGAACUACAGGUCAAACUCCAGUCAAAUAAGGAGCAACUGUUGUUGGUUCGCAAGCAGUUCGAAAAUUCGGAAAACAGCAACGCUGCUUUGGAAAAGCGCGCCAAAGAGUUAGUUGCCCAACUUGACGACAGUAGGGCGCAGUGCGCCCAAGUGAUUCAAGAGAGGGAUCAUCUGCACCAAUCGAUCGAUGCCCUUAAAUCGGAUAAGGCCCAGCUGGAUCGUAGUAGAGUCGAUUUGAAUUCUAUGCUGGAUUCGCUCAAUCAAGACUACGAUAAGCUGGCCAAAGCCCACAGCAAACUGCAGAAGGAGCUGGACUCCAACUACCAGGAGAAAGUGUUCCUACAGGCCGAAGUGGAACGACUGAACCAGGAGGCCGACUUACGAGAAAUCACCUUGCGGGGCGAAGAAGAUCGUUGCAGCCGCAUAAGAGAAGAGCUCCUAACGGUGCGAGAAGAACUCCACAAAGCCUGCUUGUCUCACGAUCUGCUGGAGCAGCAAAAACUGGAAGCUGACAGUCUGAUAUCGAGCCUGGAAAAAGUCAAGCAAGACUACGAACAUCAGCUGGGGCAACUGCUGGGCGAAAGCUCCAAUGUGCAGGAUUCCCUGGUGAAGAAGGAAACGAUUGCAGCCAAUCUGGAGAUCGACAAGAAGAAGCUGCAGGAUGAUCUAAAGAAGCUGGAGGACGAAAAAGCGGCCCUGCAAGCCCAGUGCAGCGACCAUCAGAGCGACAUCCAGUCCUUGCGCAAAGAGCUGCUGCAAGCCGAGCAGCACCGGCUGGAUCUGGAGUCCGACAAAGUCUCCUUGUCGGAGAAAUGUAAAUUUCUGGACAUCGAAAAAGGAAAAACUGAAAUGGAGCUCAAUCAGGUAACAAGGGAAAGGAACGACCUGAGCAAUCAGCUCACAGUGAUGGGACGAAAGCGGGACGCUCUAAACGAGGAGCUGAUGCGAUCCAGACAAAAGCUGGAACAAGCCAAUGAAACCAGCGCAAGAAUCAACCGAAAUCUUGAGGAAUUGGUAAAAGAAUGCGAAGACAAACAGUGCACAAUGGAUGCAAUGGACAAGGAGAUCCAGCGCAUCCAAGAGCUCCUGGCUGCAGUGCGCUCAGAAAAAGAAGCCCUCGAGGCCGUAUUGUUUGACACCCAAACCAACCUGGAAACUUCCGAGGAUAAAAAGACGCAGCUGGAAAAGGAUGUGCAGGAACUGCUACUCAAACAAGAGCAGUUCAAGUGCCAGGUGACAAAGCUAUCAAAGGAACUGGAGCGAUCGGAGAAGAAAUGCGCGGAAAUCAAAAGCAGCAUGGCCCAUCAGGCCGGCAACAAAGAAGUCGAGUUCAAGCAAACAGUGGAAAAACUGCGCCAGCAGAACGAAGACAAUGUGAAGAAGCUGACGGAGGAAAGGGAGAAGAUUCGGGUCUGUUUAGAGAAGCGGCUGCAGCAGUCGAUGCAACAGCUGAGCUCGGAAAAAAAUGCGGAAAUUCAGCAGCAGAGCGAUCGAAUUGAAGCGUUGCAGAACCACAUCGACAAUCUCUGUCAGCAACAUGAGGAAUUGAUGUUGAGGGCUGAGAACGACAAGCAGCAAGCGCUUCUUAUCGCCCAUCACGACCAAAAGGCCCUACACGACAAGCUGGAAUCGACCCGAAGAGAUCUGGAAGAAGAGCGCGAGACCCUCGAACGUCUGAAACGGGAAGCAACAAGUCGUUCCGACCAAGAUCGCGUCGCCAUCAAUCAACUGAAAGAUGAAUUGAACAAGUUUAAGGCCCGAUUGGAGGAAUCUAAGACGCGCAGUGAAGAGGAGAAGACAGCGCUGCAACAGAAAAUUGAGGAAAUCCGCAUCGAGAGAGACAACGCGCAAAAUGAGGCCGAGAACCUGAAAGUCCAGUUGCACCUUUGUGAGGACAAGAGCGAGAGCGUCAGCAAUUUACUGCACGAAACCACCAGAAAACUCAAAGAAGUGGAAAACAGCUCAGAAUGUUUGAGGAAGGAACUUACGGACGUGAGGCGUAUGUUGGCGGACAGCACGUUUGAAAAGGAAAAAUACCACAACACCAACAAGGAGUUGAGGGAUCAUGUGAAGAGAACGGAGAGCGAAAAGAGGGAACAAGCGCGGCAGCUGGAGGAUGCCCUCCAAAAGAUAUCCAGUCUAGAAGAAGUGAAAGGAUCGUUGGAUCAUGACCGCGCCCGCCUUCAGAACCACAUCCGGGAUCUAGAGAAGGAACAGCUGCAAACCGAGCACAAGGUGCAGAGCUUCCAGGAAGAACUGCAAAGAGCUCAGGCGGCCGGCAGUCAACAGCAGCAGGAGGAGAAGGAGCUGCAAUCCCGACUGUUGAACGAAGUGGAGGAGCGCGAGCGGUCCCAUCAAGAGCUGCACCAACUGAGAAAGCAGAUGUCUGAGCUGGAGAGAAAUCUGGAACAAACCAGGCAGGAGUUGAACAAGACCCGAAGUCAUUCGGGCCAACUAGAGGAGCAAUGGCAUGCACGCGAACAAGACCUGCUGGUCCAUUUGGAGGACAGCAGAGUGAAGGAAAAGCGGCUGGAGGACCAAAAGCACAAUUUAGAAGUCUGCUUGGUGGACGCCACUCAACAGAUACAAGAGCUGAAGGCCAAACUGGGAGGAGCUGAGGGAAGAGUGCGCGCCUUAGAAACGCAACUCACUCAACUGGAAUGUGCCAAACGGGAAAUCGAGCAAAAGCUCUUCAGCGUGGUGUCCACUUUGAGGAGAAUAGGAGGCAUCCAGCUGGAUGGUUCAGUUAGCAUGCCCUAUAGAUUGCUGAGUCCAUCACGCAGAUGGAGCCCGGCUAGAGGCCAUGAGGACAAAGACGGCUCUAUCGAUGUGGAUCCGGAGGUGGUGCGAAAAGGCGUGCGCAACCUGAUGCAACAAGUCGCUCAAAUCGAAAGAGAGCGGGACGACUACAAAACGCAGGUGGUCACCGCUAAAAAGCAACUGCAAGAAGCACAGGACACUCAGAGUAAAGGCGACCACAAAAUGACCAAAGUGUUGCAGAGCCUCCGAACCUUGCAGGAGGAAAAGGGAAAUUUGGAGGCCACUUUGGGGCAGAAGAACAUGGAACUGCAGGCGCAAAACGACGUCCUGCUGAAGAAAACCGAGGAGGCGAAGCAGAUGAGGGAGAAGGUGGUGUCUUUGGAACUGUCCCUGAGUGGGGAAAGCGACCAGAAGCACCACUAUGAGGAGAAAAUCGAAAAACUGAAGGUGGCCCUCAACCGAUCAGAGGCCGAGAAACGAAACCUGCAAGAAGAACUGGCCCGAACUGAGAGCAGAUCCACCAAACUGGAACUGCAAAGAAUGUCCACAGAGGGCGAUUUACAGAGGCUACAGAUGAUGCUGCAGGAAAAGGAUACCACUCUUCAAAAACUUCAAGAAAAGUGCGACCACCAAAGCAGAGCCUUGGCAAGCUUGGAGGAACGAUGCAUUUCACUCAAAUCAACCAUCGACCAAUUGAACUGCUCCUUGGAAAAGGCUUCAAACAGUGAAAGCGAGCUGAAAGCCGAAGUCCAAAGGCUGCAGCGCAGCUUGAUGGAGACGAUGUCCUCGCAGCAAACCGAGACCGAGAGGCUCAAACAUAUGCAAAAAGCGCUGACAAACUGUGAAAACGACCGGCGCGUGGUGAGCGAGCGAUUGGAGACCACGCAGAACAGUUUGGCGGAAAUGCGCCGCAACAACCAGAUCCUUCAGGAUCAAGUAACAAGACUGAAUAACGAAUUAGCGAAUAAUGAAGUACAAAAAUCUGGACUGGAAUCGCAGCUUAGACUGGCUCAAUGGCCUGCGGAUACUCAGAUGGGCUCUCAUCAGGAGGAGGAGUUGAGGAUGCAGCUGCAUUCGGUGCAAAAAGAACGCAAUGAGUUGAGGGGAAAAGUGGAUUCUAUGAACACCAAGGUGAGGCAAUUGGAAUCGGAAAACCGAAGCCUGGAACGCAUGGCCUCAAAAUCCGCCGCCUCCAUGCGCCCCAAAUUGUACGAUCGUCCUGAAAAAUCCUACGAUCGUCCCGAAAAGGCCUACGAACGUGCGGAAAAGUCGUUCAACCGUUUGGAUAAGUACGAAAGUGACUCGGCUGUAACCGAAAUCGACAAAUAUGAGCAGGAAAACCGCGAAUUGCGCCUGCGAGUUUCCAGACUGGAAUCAGAACUGACGGAAAAAGAAGUGGAAUUGGCCAGACUGAGGACCCAAAGACCGAGCUUGGAUGGAAAAUUCGACCGGGCCGAGAUUGAGCGAUACAGGGCGGCCCAACUGCAGGCCGAAAGACUGCUGGAAGCCCGCGAGCAGAGCCAUCGGCAGCAAGUCAGUCGCCUGGAAAGCCAAGUGAAGUUGUUGAGGGAGCAGCUGAACGAAGAAAUCAAGCGCAGGCAACAGUAUGUGCUGCGCAGCACCAAAGCGGGCAGGGAGAUGCAGCAGCUGAGGCAGGCUCUGGGCGAUUCCUUGCGCACUGUUUCCCAAGACCCUUCUUUGGAUGCCCUGCUUUUGGAGCAUGAAGCCAGAAAACUAGAUAACACUUUAUCGACCACUGCCAGUCUGCCACCGGCCUUAGGGCUGCCUUCGUCCUCGUCCUACAGACGCUCGAUGACGCCCCAACCCAAAUAAGAGAUUGUUUCGAAUUACGAACUAGUAUAAGCACACGAUGUUUGCUGUAGCUUUAGAGUGAGGUUUGUUUAACGUUCCUUAUCGGGUUUCAUUCAGAAUUCUCACCUAUCAAGGAUUAAUUUGUUUGGUUGAAUGUGCCCGAGUUUGGGGUAGCUUAAUUAUAACUAGACUUUUGUAUACCAAAGAAUGCUCGUUAGAUUGUAGGAACGUUUGUUGUUCGGGGGAAGGACCAAAAUCACCAGAAUUUCAUACUUAAGUAAGUAGUUAAAUAAUAAUUCACUUCAUCGAUUAGGUUGGUUUCGAGUAUUAACACUGUGUAUCGGUUAUUUAAAACGCAUCUUGCCACGUGUGAUUCAUGUCACAAAAACUAUGUAAAGGGAAAGCGAGUGAACGUGUACUUAACUCAAACGCAAAAUCCGCCCAUUCGAUAAUUUAGUUAAUUGUAAAGCAAGCUUUAGUAAAUACGUUUGUAACACGCA